GGGUACUGCAUAAAUAAAAUUCAAAGCUUCAUGACAGAUCUUGUGCCAGCCUAGUGAUAAUAAAUCAGCAGCACAUUUCGUAGCUAUGCUCCGCCUCCGUACAACAACAAGCGGUUAUUCGAGGGCUAGAAAGUUGCAGAGGCAUUCAAACCCAUGCAGCAGCGUGGAACCUGACUCCGGAGGUCGACUUAGUAAACUAUUAAGCACGGAUCCUCAGCUCAGCAAAAAGUAUCAGAAGGCUCCAGUUCCGAUUGUUAACACUGAACACAUGUGGUUGGAGAGUGCAAGUAACGACGAAGCCGGUCGCCCAUUGUCACACUGGGAGGGACUGACGAGUACGUUUCGUUUUGAAGAUCCUAUUCCUGGCACGAUAACGGAAAAGCCGAACGACAUGGCUCGUCCACGUGGGUGCUCAGGCAAUGUAAAGGUACUAACGCCUUUGAGAAAUAUGACACUGAGUGGUUUCGGCAUUGGGAAGUGUUGUGGGGCUUGAUCGUGUUCCAACUAUUGAGACGUUCGUCGUCGAUUGUCGUAAAGGAUUAACUUUUCACAGCGUCACAAUCCUCUCAAGAAAAGAGUCGAUUUUCUUGUGAAGAAGAAGGGCAGACGACAUCCCAAAACAACGAUUUAUAUCAAUUCAUUCAAUUCGUGCGGCACCAAAUUGUCAAGCGUGUUCGACAUUCCAAGCGCCCGCAAAUGUUUUAGAACUGUCAC